AUGUCUAGCGAAGACAAAGCGGAAUCCGCUGUUGAAAAUCUUGGGGUAUCAACCGAGAAGGUUGAGGAACAGGUUGCAACCCUGGUUGAGGUAGAGGAACCUAAGAAGUUGGAAGCAACUGCACCAGAACUCACUGAUAUCAAGCCGGAAGUGCUAGAAAAGAAAGUUGCAGAGAAAUUGGAGCACAAGAAAGAGGUCACAGAACAGUCAGUGGAAACCGAAGGCAAAGAAACGAAGCAUUAUGCGAGCACCGUGAAGGAAAAAGUCAGCGGAUUCUUUGGGAUCAAAUCUAAAGAAACGGAGUCCGAAAAGCCAGCAACGGAAGAAGGAGAACAGAAGAAAGAAGCCACAGAAGACACAGAAACCAAAGAACCAAAGAAUCCUAUGGCUUCCGUUAAGGACAAAGUCAGUGAAUUCUUGGGUAUAAAAGCACACGCAUCGGAAAGCACGAAGCCCGAAGCAGAUAAAGCUGAAAUCUUAAAAAAGGAAGAAGCCGAAGGUAAGGAAAAGGUGAAACCCGUCCAGGAACUGACGGAAGCAACUGCGGUUGAUGUACGGGAAACAGAAGAAGGGGCAGCGGACGAAGUCCAUACAUCAGAAGGUGAAAAAGGUGAAAAGAAAAAGGGAGGUGUUAUGAAAUGGCUGAAGAAGAAUGUGACAAUGCACUUGCCAAAGUCACAAGGAUGCAAGAAGGAAAAGUGUACUUCAGACACAGCGGAAGAUGUUGAGGUGGAACAUGAAUCAGUCCAGGAAAAAUUGGAAAAACCUCUAACCGAGACCGCUUCAAGUGGAGUCAAGACGGAGUCAGAGGCCAGCAGUCACCCGGAAGUGAAAUCCUCCCCACUCGAAUCAGGCAGGCCGCCAUUGAUGUGGCCCGUCUCGGGGUCCCCAUCCAGGAAGACGGCAGUGACCAGCGCAGCUGAGUUUGCUGGUGAUGGCUUUCAUACUUCGCUGCCAAGUCAUUGUUUGACCACCUCUGACUCUCUUCCACCCUCCACGUGUUUCUGCGAAAAGAGCCCUUCGAGGAAGUCGGUCGACUGGCAUACGCAGCACGUGACCAAGCCAGCGCAACCUAUGCAGUAUGAUCAGUUCAUCUGUCGAGGGAAAAAAACUCAUGUAGUUGAUGUAAAAAGUCAUCAUACUGUGCGCCUUGCCGGUUGUUUUGUGUCUUUCGCCGGUCUUCUUCAGUGGGCGACAGAAAUAACUAUUAGUAAGCGGUGCUUUCGGCUUUUGUUAGUAUCUUUUAACAUCCACCUUGGGUUCCUGAGAGAUAUAUUGAUUAGGCGACGUGAGAACACCUGUAAAAUUAGUCUUCAAAGUGUCUGUUGGGAUUUCUGA